CCCGCCCCCGAGCCGCCAGGCUGUGCUCGGCGACCUGGCCGCGGUGACCAUGACGGCGCGCGGGACCCCGAGCCGCUUCCUCGCCAGUGUCCUCCACAACGGGCUGGGGCGCUACGUGCAGCAGCUGCAGCGCCUCAGCCUCAGCCUCAGCCGCGACGCGCCCUCGUCCCGCGGCGCCAGGGAGUUCGUGGAACGGGAGGUGGCCGACUUCGCCCGACGGAACCCCGGAGUCGUAAUAUACGUGAACCCGCGGCCGUGCUUCGUGCCCAGAGUAGUAGCGGAAUACCUUAACGGGGCUGUGCGCGAGGAAAGCCUCCAUUGCAAGUCGGCCGAGGAGAUCGCGACCCUGGUGCAGAAGCUGGCGGACCAGUCGGGCUUGGAUGUGAUCCGCAUCCGCAAGCCCUUCCACACGGACAACCCUAGCAUCCAGGGCCAGUGGCACCCGUUCACCAACAAACCCACGAGGGCGGGCGGCCUGCGCCCCCGAGAGGUCCAGGAUGCCGGUGCCGCCCCAGCCCAGGAGCAAGCUCAGUGAAGAGUUGCCCCACGAGCGCCAACUCCAAGCUUUGGCUUCUUAUCCUGGAAGAGAUGAUUCUUGUUUUUUUGACUCUGGGAAUUCCAAGCGCAGGUGGACACUUGGGGCCCGGAAAGGGAAGGCUGCAGCUUGGAACAAAGAACAGAUGCCCGGUUCUUUAGCCCGCCCACUGCUAGGGGCAGUGACUUUGUGAGUUCCCUAGUUCUUGUCCAGUUGACAUCUUGAAACGUGAGGUUCUUCAUGGAAUUUACUGUGUCCUCAUUUCUGGAAUCUGGGUCAAUAAUAGUGACCUCAAAUCACAGUGAGUGAUUUCAAAGUGGGCUUCUGGAGUCUUGAUUUCCCAUUUGUGCAGCCGUUGAGCUAGCGAGAACUAGCACCUUAUACUCUUGCUGGGCAUUGGGCUAGGCACUUUGUGUAAAGACGAUAAAAUCAGGUUAAUAAAUAUUUGCCCAAAUUCACAUGUGAAA